CAGAAUAUCAAGAUAGUCCUGUUAAAACUAUCGACAAUAGUUCUGUUGUUCGGCACAAUUUUUGACUGAUUUAAAAAUUUUAAAACGAUCUACAAGAAUCAAUCAAGUGUCUGUGUCAACACGUGUCAACUGAAAUAUUUCGUAGUCUGUGAAUUAAGAAUGGCUGAUGAUAGAGAUGUGAAUGGACACGACGAUUCUACUCUAGAAGAUCCUCCUACUGACUCAUGUUGGAACUUAUUUGGAUGCUGUAUGCGCAGUAAAUAUGCCAGCGUCUGCGUCGAAAAUGGAUAUGGAAGAACGCUGGAAAAAUUCGAAUUUAAUACAAACAAAUUUAGGAAAAUACGCUUCAUUAUGCCCGUCCAAACACUAAUGGAGGGAGAUUACAAACGGCUCGUCUUCAAUCCGGACUACGAAAAUUUAUGGAAUCCGUCAUACAAGGAAAUAAUUCAGCCAAGAAUAUCGGAACAGCCUGAUACGCCGAGUGCAUCAGAUUCAGGUUAUAAGGGCACGUAUCGUUGUCAGCCAUCCACGUCAGGCACGCAGCAGUAUUCAUCGCACGCAUCAUCGUCAGGCACGCAGCAGUAUUCAUCGCAAGCAUCAUCGUCAGGCACGCAGCUGUAUUCAUCGUAUGCGUCAUCGUCAGGCACGCAGCAGUAUUCAACGCACGCGUUAUCGUCAGGCACGCAGCAGUAUCCAGCGCAUGCAUCAUCGUCAGGCACACAGCAGUAUUCAACGCACGCACCAUCGUCAGGCACGCAGCAGUAUUCAACGCACGCAUCAUCGUCAGGCACGCAGCUGUAUUCAACGCACGCGUUAUCGUCAGGCACGCAGCAGGAUUCAACGCACGCACCAUCGUCAGGCACGCAGUUAAGUGUGCCAAGCAAGCAGCAGUUGUCAACGGACGCGUCAUCGUCAACCACGCAGACAUCACCCCAGGGUUCAACCUUGGCAACGCAGACAAGACAUGACUAUGAUCCGCCUUUGCUCUGGCCAGACGAAAGUUCAUUAGCGAGUCGCUUAAGGACCACAAAAAGCGAUAAACUGUGAAGCAAUCAGCAAUCUCUGAGUAUAAGAAUGAGAGAAUUUGGGUUAGGCAGGAUUCUUUUUUGUACGUUACAUGCAUCAUUUUCAACGAAAACAAUAUUCUUGUUCUAAAUUGACGUUACUUGAUACAACAUAAUUUAUUUUAAAUGAAUUUACAGUGUAAUUGCUCAGUAUUAGGCAUAAAUAUACGGGAAGGGGCAGGGGGUUAAAAAAUGCGCAAAGCUUUAAUGGGUGAUUCUUUGGAAAAAAUUAAGUUUAGUUUGUAAUGUAUGUAAUAAUUAGUAAGAUAUUUUGUUUCAAAGAUGGCGGAAACAAAACGUUUUUAUUUUUUUAUCUUAAAUAAUCGAUAUAAAAAUGAAACUUCAACACCCUGUAUCUCCGAAUCUAAGCAUUUUAGAACAUACAUUCAUACGAACUUUUUUACUUAUUUUUAUCUGCAAAAUAUGCUGCCGAUGUUUCCGGCAUACAGUUCGGACCACCCUGUAUAUUUGUAUGUUAUUUAUGGAAAAAUUAAAACAACUUUGGGUGCGCGUCAUCAAUGACACCAAGCGCAUUUAUAUGCAAAUUGCUGGUGGCCACCUUGUGACGUGCACCCAAAGUUGUUUUAAUUUUCCCAUAAGUAUUUUUCUUUUCAAACGCUCGAGAAAGGGGGCGCUACUAUCAAGUUUCUACCUCGGUUUAAAAAAAAAUAUAAAUCAGGGGCUGGGGGUUGACCUUGUAAUUUUUACAAGGAAUCCCCUUUAAAGUUUUUUGCAUUUCGUUUUGGACCCCUUGUAGCAAUAUUAUGGGUAAACAUAUAUUAUUAAUUAUUUCUUGUCUUAUAAUAUAUACUAUUCAAAACUGUAAUUCAAAGUUGAAAUGACUGGUCAAGGUAUAUUUUUUUAUGAUCUUAAUAACUUUUAUGUAUUUUUUUAAAGAUGUCGAUAUAUGCAGAUAGAAUUAUUUUGAUAUCGACAUAUUCAAAACAUUAAAAAAAGUCAAAAAAAAACUAUACAUUAACCAGUCCCUUUCAGAAUACAAUUAUAGUCAAAGGAACAUAAAAAACCUUAUCAUCGUUACAUGGCUAAUUUUUUGUGUGAAGUAUACUAUUGUGUAGCCAUUAUGAAAUAGUCAUGCCUGCCA